UGACGUGUCUCUGAACAAUUUUCUUCCUCCACGUUGAAGAUUCGAUGUUGGCACGGACGGGUGAUAUUCACACUUUAAAAAUUGUGGUUUGUUGGGGUUUUGAAUCGGUUUUCUGAGUUUUCAUGAAAAUUGGAAUUGGAGAUUAAUCUAUAGUACAGGAAGUCCAAGUGAUUGUGAAAGUUGACCAAUCAGUCUGGUUCACAGACCUAGUCACCCAACCUACUGUACCUGUGUCGUCCUUGCAUGUAAAACUGCUGUGCCAAUUGUCACCCACCCGUCCACCUGUCUGUGUUAUAAAGACAAGCGCCGUUGCCAUGGGAGCAUUUGCGAGUUUAUUUAAGGGCCUUUUCGGCAAAAAGGAGAUGAGGAUUCUCAUGGUGGGGCUGGACGCCGCCGGAAAGACGACAAUUUUGUACAAACUCAAGCUUGGAGAGAUUGUCACAACCAUUCCAACCAUUGGUUUCAACGUAGAGACAGUCGAAUACAAGAACAUCAGUUUCACAGUAUGGGACGUCGGUGGCCAAGACAAAAUCAGACCUCUCUGGCGUCACUACUUCCAGAACACACAAGGACUGAUCUUUGUGGUUGACAGCAACGACAGAGAAAGAGUCGGCGAGGCUAGAGAGGAACUGGCGAGAAUGCUGAACGAGGACGAGUUGAAAGACGCACACCUUCUAGUGUUCGCUAACAAACAGGAUCUUCCCAAUGCAAUGAAUGCAGCAGAGGUCACAGACAAACUAGGUCUGCACAAGACGCGCAAUCGCACUUGGUACAUCCAGGCCACGUGCGCCACUAGCGGAGACGGUUUGUACGAAGGUCUAGACUGGUUGUCCAAUAUACUCAAGAAGAACACCAAACAACUCGGCGAGUCAACUCAAGACAAGAUGGGAGCGUUCACAAGUUUAUUCAAGAACCUGUUCAGCAAGAAGGAGAUGCGUAUCCUCAUGGUCGGGCUGGAUGCUGCAGGCAAGACCACCAUCUUGUACAAGCUCAAGCUGGGAGAGAUCGUCACCACCAUACCCACCAUCGGUUUCAACGUAGAGACAGUGGAAUACAAGAACAUCAGUUUCACAGUAUGGGACGUCGGUGGCCAAGACAAAAUCAGACCUCUCUGGCGACACUACUUCCAGAACACACAAGGUCUUAUCUUUGUCGUGGACAGCAACGACAGGGAGAGAAUCGGAGAGGCCCGCGACGAGCUGGCCAGGAUGCUGAAUGAGGAUGAACUGAGAGACGCACAUGUUCUGGUCUUUGCUAACAAACAGGAUCUUCCAAAUGCCAUGAACGGCCAAGAGAUCACUGAAAAGCUAAAUCUUCACGGCCUGCGCAGCCGCCAUUGGUACAUCCAGGCAACGUGUGCUACAAGCGGUGAUGGAUUGUACGAGGGGCUGGAUUGGCUGUCACAAUCAUUGACAAAGGAAAAAAAAUAACUUGUCUUCCAAUCGUUACGCUUGUCUCAAAUGAGUUUUCCCCAGAUAGGUAAUUUGAUGGCCCUAGUCCUCAAAUAUAAUUAUAUGCCUAUUUUCUUCUCAGAUUGUAGCUAGCAAAAUAAGACACUUGGUGUACAAAUUUUGAAUUGAGGUUUUGUUGUGAAUUGACUCUGUAAAGACUUAGAUUAAUUAAGUAUGAUUGAAUUGCAAGGAAAUUAGAUGAAAUUUGAUGAAGGUGUGAUUAUUCUGCUAAAUCAUGAAACUUGUUUUAGUUUGUGUGCAUUGUGCACUAAGGUUAAGACUGUUCUGCAACAGAAAGUUGCGAGGAUUUUUUUUGCUGGUGAAGGAAAUUCAGGUGAAAUCAAAUGCAAUAAAUACAGAUGCAUGUCCGUUUUUAGCUGUUAUAUACCUAUAUCCUUCAAACUUGCAUGUUUAGCAGUUAAGUGAGGCUAAGACAUUUGUGAUAGUGUUGUGAAAAACUGUUUUUAUUGAAAACUGUGACAGUAAUAGAUAUGCAUUGCCCACUGAUUGGACAGUGAAAAGUUGGCUUUCCGACAAUUUCUAAUUACAAAUUGUUGUAAUUACAAUUGCCAGAUGUAUCUUGCCUGUUGUAUGUUUUAAUAAUUUGUAUUAAUUAAUGUGGGUUUUUUUCCAAAACUGUGACAUCUUUUGUUAACAGGCAGUACUGGUAUGGAAAAUUGAAUUUAGAAAAUCAUUGUAAAAGUAUCUUGCCUGUUGUAUGUUUUAAUAAUUUGUAUUAAUGUGUUUUUUCUCCAAAACUGUGACGUCUUUUGUUAACAGGCAGUGCUGGUAUGGAAAUUUGAAUUUAGAAAAUUGUUGUAGAAGUACAUCAUUAGCAAUGUCGUCAGUGAAUAUUUAAAUGAGUAAUGAUUUUUUUUUUCAUGUAAGUGGCACCAAAUG